GAGCUUCCUCCUCUCUCGGUGCUCUUGAAUUUCAUCCCCACAACCCUGAAUCCACAGCACCCUACAAGCCCAGCUCCAGCCGGCCUGCUCCAGAAAGCAGCCGGCACCUGCCACCCAUUUGCUUCAGCUGUGCAUCUGCCAGGGAAACAGAGUUCGGCCUUGUCCUAAACGCCUGGGGGCGGCUUGAACCUGCCGGUCCCCUACCCCCGGCGGGCGGAGCGGGGCGGGCUCACUUGCAGUCCCUCCCGGCCCUGCCCGCUUAUUUCUCCUGCCUGGGACGCGCCUCCCAUCCACAACCCAAUCCAGCGAGCUCCGCGUCUCCGCCGCCUCUUCUCCCGCAGGACCGGAUCGGAUCCGAACCGGAGCAUGGAACUCGGACAGCCCCGAGAAGCCCGCGAACCCGGGCCGGGGGCAGAGACCGCCGCGGUGUCGCACUGGGAGGAAGCCAAGACUUUCUAUGAAAACCUCUCGCCCAAGAAGAAACCUAAAUCGCCGAAGCCUCAGAAUGCAGUCACCAUCGCUGUGUCCUCACGAGCCCUGUUCCGCAUGGAUGAGGAGCGGCGGAUCUACACAGAGCAGGGUGUGGAGGAAUACGUGCGCUACCAGCUGGAGCACGAGAGUGAACCCUUCAGUCCCGGGCCCGCCUUCCCCUUUGUGAAGGCCCUGGAGGCUGUGAACAAGCGACUUCGGGAGCUUUACCCCGAUAGCGAAGAUAUCUUUGACAUUGUCCUCAUCACCAACAACCAUGCUCAAGUGGGAGUUCGUCUCAUCAACAGUAUCAACCAUUAUGACCUGUUCAUUGAGCGAUUCUGCAUGACAGGAGGGAACAGCCCCAUCUGCUACCUCAAGGCCUAUCACACCAACCUCUACUUGUCAGCUGAUGCAGACAAAGUGAGAGAAGCCAUUGACCAGGGGAUUGCCGCUGCCACCAUCUUCAGCCCCAGCAAGGACGUGGUUGUGUCCCAGAGUCAGCUCCGAGUGGCCUUCGAUGGGGACGCAGUACUCUUCUCGGAUGAGUCGGAGCGCAUUGUCAAGGCCCACGGGCUGGACAGAUUCUUUGAGCAUGAGAAGACGUAUGAGAACAAACCUUUGGCACAGGGCCCCCUAAAGGGCUUUCUGGAAGCACUGGGAAGACUGCAAAAGAAAUUCUACUCCAAAGGCCUUCGACUGGAGUGCCCUAUUCGCACUUACUUGGUGACAGCACGAAGUGCAGCCAGUUCUGGGGCCCGGGUCCUCAAGACUCUGCGCAGCUGGGGCCUGGAGAUGGAUGAAGCCUUAUUCCUAGCCGGAGCACCCAAGGGCCCUCUUCUGGAGAAGAUCCGCCCACACAUCUUCUUUGAUGACCAGAUGUUCCAUGUGGCUGGGGCUCAGGAAAUGGGCACGGUGGCUGCCCAUGUGCCUUACGGUGUGGCCCAGGCCCCCCGUCGGGCCACUGCUGCUGCUGCUGCUGCUGCUGCUGCUGCAAAGCAGGCCCUAGGUGCACAGUAGCUGAAGCACCCUGCUCUAGUCUUCCUGGCACACUUCUGAACCUCAUCUGGUGAGCUUUUCUGGCUCCUCUCCGUCCACCCUCCUGCAUGCCACCCUCAGCCCCCUGUGCCAAGUCUCUUAGAAAGUUACGAAGACAAGGCCAGCAUUCUCACAGACCCUCCUGGACAAGCACUGCCACGAUCCUAGCUGGAAAAGCAGGACUCUGCAAGGUCGCAUGGCUGUCGGGGAGAAAUCGGUGGGACUGAGAGUGCUACAGUCAGAGAAGCCAAGGAAGGCAAAGGGCUUGGGAUGAAAACGGUCUCAUGUAGUGCAAAGAAUACUGUGUGGAAAGGCGUGGACUUGACGUCCAAAGCAGGUCUGGCAUGGACUGCAUGACGCAAGUCCCUCUUUUUCAGAAACCUCUGUUUACCCCCAUCUCUUAGGUGGUUUUCAAGCUGUUUUGUUGUUGUUGUUGUUUUGUUU